CGCACCGACCCUCUCCCUUUCUCGGCGGCACAGGCAGCGCCCUGGGUUGGAAAGAGUAAUGACAGCUGAAAAAACUAUUCCUAUAAUUAAUGGCAAACCUGAGGAUGCUCUGGACCCUGAAGCCUCAAGUACCAAUUUGGUCCACAGCAACGAUAAGAAAGUGCAUGAAAGAGGCCACUGGAAUAAUAAGGUUGAAUUUGUACUUUCUGUGGCAGGGGAAAUUAUUGGGUUGGGAAAUGUGUGGCGGUUCCCGUAUCUCUGCUACAAGAAUGGAGGAGGUGCUUUUCUCAUACCUUACGUGGUUUUCUUUAUUUGCUGCGGAAUACCAGUCUUUUUCCUGGAGACUGCCUUGGGACAGUUCACUAGCGAAGGUGGAAUUACAUGCUGGAGAAAAGUUUGUCCAUUGUUUGAAGGUAUUGGAUAUGCUACCCAGGUUAUUGAGGCACAUUUGAAUGUUUACUACAUCAUCAUUCUAGCAUGGGCUAUCUUUUAUCUGUUUAACUGCUUUACCACAGAGCUUCCUUGGGCAACUUGUGGGCAUGAAUGGAAUACAGAACAUUGUGUGGAAUUUCAAAAACUUAACAUGAGUAACUGCACUCAUCAGUUUCUGCAAAAUGCUACUUCUCCAGUCAUGGAAUUUUGGGAGCGGAGGGUAUUGGCUAUUUCAGAUGGAAUUGAACACAUUGGGGAACUCCGGUGGGAGCUAGCAUUAUGUCUUCUGGCCGCAUGGACUAUCUGCUAUUUUUGCAUUUGGAAAGGAACAAAGUCAACUGGCAAGGUUGUAUAUGUAACAGCUACAUUCCCUUAUGUCAUGCUCUUAAUUCUGCUGAUACGAGGAGUUACACUUCCUGGAGCCUCUGAGGGAAUAAAAUUCUACUUGUACCCUGAUCUUUCUCGACUUUCUGACCCACAGGUCUGGGUAGAUGCUGGAACACAGAUAUUUUUCUCUUAUGCCAUCUGCCUAGGAUGUUUAACAGCCCUAGGUAGCUACAACAACUACAAUAAUAACUGUUACAGGGACUGUAUUAUGCUCUGUUGUUUAAACAGUGGCACAAGCUUUGUGGCUGGUUUUGCAAUCUUUUCUGUCCUUGGAUUUAUGGCUUAUGAACAAGGGGUGCCAAUAGCAGAAGUUGCUGAGUCAGGACCUGGACUUGCUUUCAUUGCUUAUCCAAAAGCUGUCACAAUGAUGCCUCUUUCUCCGUUAUGGGCAACACUGUUUUUCAUGAUGCUCAUAUUCCUUGGAUUAGAUAGUCAGUUUGUGUGUGUUGAAAGCCUUGUAACAGCUGUGGUGGAUAUGUAUCCAAAGAUUUUCCGGAGAGGAUACAGACGAGAACUAUUGAUUCUUGCUCUUUCAAUUGUGUCAUAUUUCAUUGGUCUUGUCAUGUUAACAGAGGGUGGAAUGUAUGUUUUCCAGCUAUUUGAUUCCUAUGCAGCCAGUGGGAUGUGCCUUCUCUUCGUUGCUAUAUUUGAAUGUAUCUGCAUUGGCUGGUUUUAUGGAAGCAAUCGUUUUUAUGACAAUAUUGAAGACAUGAUUGGGUACAGACCGCUGGCAUUAAUUAAAUGGUGUUGGAUGUUGCUUACUCCUGGCAUUUGUGCUGGAAUCUUCAUCUUCUUCUUGGUGAAAUAUAAACCUCUGAAAUACAACAAUGUAUAUACGUACCCAGAUUGGGGCUAUGGCAUAGGGUGGAUGAUGGCUCUUUCUUCCAUGGUUUGUAUUCCACUGUGGAUCUGUGUUCAAUUGUGGAAGACAGAAGGAACUAUCAUAGAGAAAUUCAGAAAGCUGAUUGUGGCCAGCCCAGACUUGAAAAUGAGAGGAAAGCUUGGAGGAGGUUCAUAUGCUGCUACAGUAAAUGACUAUGAUGCCAAACUGAAAGGUGAUGGCAAUAUUUCAACCAUAACAGAAAAAGAGACACACUUCUGA